AUGGAUUAUCGUACAUUGGAAAUCAAUGUCAUGUCUGCAGGGGAUCUAAACAAAGUCAACCUCAUCACGAAAAUGGACAUGUACGUCGUCGUUUCAAUCUCCGGCGGAGACAAGAAAUCGAAACAGAAGACAAAAACGCCGGUGGACAACGAUGGAGACAGCAAUCCCACCUGGAAUUUUCCUAUGAAGUUCACGGUGGAGGAUACGGCGCUCCAGCAGAACCGCCUAAAUCUUGUGUUCAAGCUUGUGUGUCAGCGAGUACUUGGGGAUAAAGACGUUGGUGAAGUGCACGUGCCGUUAAAAGAGCUUCUUGAAUCUCCGGCGGCUGCCGGCGGAGGCGGCGAUGGGAAGCAGCAGAAGUUUAAUGAGAAAGUUGCCGGUCGAUUUGCGGCGGCGCCACCAGUUCUGCCGCCUGUUGCGACAAAAGUUGAAGAUGAUAAGCCUGUCACCGCUUUUCCAGCGAAUCCGAUGAUGGCGGGACCCAGUUCUAUGUAUCCUCCGCCACCGCCUAUAGGGUAUCCUCCUUAUCCAACUGCCGAGGGAAAUGAGCAGUAUCCACCCCCGCAGCCGUCGCCCGGAGGAUAUCCUCCGCCGGGAUAUGGGUACCCACAAACACCACCACCCUCUUAUGGUGGAUACCCGCCAGGAUAUGGGUAUCCCCACCCACCACCACCACCGGGGUAUGGCUAUGCGCCGCCGGUGGUACAGCCACCACCAANGCUGCCAAGCUUAUUUCGUGUAUUUCUAUAA